AUGAAUCAAUAGUUUUAGCAGAACUGUCAAUUUUAUUGUAGGUAAUACGAUUUCUUCACAGAAUCGGAUGAUCAUUUAGAUAAGAGAAGAGCCAAACCAAUCUAAUCAUUUGCUGAUUAUGUUCAUGCACUUAAAGAGCCUAGAUAAACAAAGAUUCGUAGAUAGCAUACUGAAAUAAAAUAAAAAUCUCCAACACUUCCCAAGCUUGAACCUGUGAUUCCAGAACUUCAAAAGAUGAAAGAACAUUUUGUUUUGAGUAUGACCAAAAAUAUAGUUCCUUAACAAUGUCCAUGGAAUCAUCCAACGAGUCCAAGAUGUAAGGUUCAUAUGCCAUUGUCUAUAACACGUAAGUCAGUGAAUUGUCAAAAGUAAAUUAAAUUGUCUCCAAUCACAUCUAAGAGUGCUUUUUGUAUAAGAUUGCCUUAAGAGGAAGAUGAUGGUAUCUUUUUGACCAAGAUAGGAGGAGAAGAGACUAUAAGAGGAAUAGCUAGACUAUUUCAUCAGUAUUCACAAAACCAUCCAAUAAUUUAAAGUAAUCAAUCAAAUAAUGUAUUAAGAAAUUGAUGAUCCUUAAAUGUAUGAAUUGAAAUUUGCUACAUUCUUAGAGUAUAUAAUGGGUAAACCUGUGUUCUUUAACAUUGAAGCUCUAAAAUAAAAGCAUAUUCCUAUGCAAAUCACUAAUGAAUAAUACAACCAGUUUAAGAGUUAUUUAAUAGUAAUUAAUAAAUUUAAAUUUUAAGAGCAGUUUCAUUAAAUGCAAUAAAGGUCCACCUGAAUUGAUAUUUGAAUUCAGUGCUUUAAUAGAAUAAUAUAAAUAUUGUAUUAUCACAACUGAAUAAACUUUUGCUUAAAUAUUCAAUAAAAAAACAGAGAAUAACACUGAAGAAACACCAGAAUCAAUAGUAAAUUUAGCAGAUUAAACAUAUUAAAAGAUACAAGAAGAUCAAACUCUUUGUGAAUAUUUCAUUGGAAUUCGAAUGGAUGAAUAAGCUAAAAAAUUAGGUAGAAUAGUACAUCAAAUGAUGGGAUGGGAUUGUAGUGUUGAUUAUGUAUUGAAUUACUUAAGGAAAUCACAUUAAAAUAUGAAUUUAACAAAUGUACACUUUACAUUGUUCAAAUCUUACCUUGUGGAAUCUAUGAAAGAUAUAGGAUUGAAAGAAGAUUAAAUAGAAUUGAUAACUUAAAGAAUGGAUGGAUAUAGAAGUUGUAUAGUAAAUUAAGAUUGUUUACUUGACUUUUAUUUUUAAUCAUCCACUCUUUUCAAAGUUUAAGUUAAGAAAUAUGAAUUACUUCUUUAAAAAGAUCCAAGAUUUCGUAAUUUUCCUAAUAUCCCAGCAUUAUUAAGACAUGCUCAUUUCCUUUUAAAAUAUAUAACUCAUUAACAUCAACCAUUAUUAACUAAGACUGAUCUCAAGACCUUACAUAAACACUGUAUUAUAUAACAUGAAUGGAUUGAUGCUUUCAGAGACAAUUUCUUUCAUCUAAUUAAAAGCUAUACUCUAGAUAGACUAAUAUUAUAGGAUUAUGCAGAUACAUGGUUUCAACUUAGAUAUACUAUAAUUAAUUAAUGUACAAUUGAAAGUGUAGUUGGUUAAAGUGUCAUUGAUUCAGUAUAAUUCAAAAUCUAAAUAAAUCUUCAAGAUAAUGAAGUUUAUAGUGAUCAUUUUAGAAAUGCAGAUUAUCAAAUCAAGUCUCAUAUAAAGAAAAUAAUUGCUUUCAUUUUUAAGAAUUCUUAAAUCUAUAAAUCUAAUGAUUUAAGGGUUAUACAUUAUCCACUUAAAAUAACAGAAUAAACUUUUAAUUUAUUUGUUUAAUUAAUCAAAUAAGUUAUGCAAGAAGAAAAAGUGCCUGCUAAUCUAAUUCUUCUUGCAGAUUAGAUUUGUCAAUAUUAUAGAAAUAGCAUUUGCAAUCUGUGA